AAAAAGAAUUAAGUAACUGUGUAAAGGACAAUAAGAUUUCAUGUAAAUCACCAAGAACACUCACUAUAGACACAACCGUAAGUGCUGGAGGCUUCUUAUGUUCGGAGGGAAAGCAAGGAUUUAUUGAAAUUUUCCAAUGUAUGAUGACCAAAUUUGUAGUUAAUCAAACAGCUAUACUGUCCUGUUUCAAAUUUAUUCCACAACUUAUUGAAAAGCGAGACAGCAAAACAGGUUCUGAUGCUUCUGAUGAAAUUUGCAGAAUAUCAGAAAAAGUUACAAGUUGUAUGGACAUUAAAGCAAAAGAACUGUGUGGUGAGAAGUCAGUGCCAUUCGUUCGCUCUUAUUUACAAGCUACAAUCAAACCAUUAAUGAGAGGUGUCACAUGCAACAAUGGUCAGACAACAAUUAAACAACAGUGGACAUCUGUAAUGAUAUUUGUUACUUUGAUAAUUUGUUUAUAUAAUAUAUUUUAUGAAUGAUUUUUGACAAAAUUUUAUAGAAAUAAAUAAAAU